UUUCUCAAUUCUCACUACUCUUGGCCAAGCUGAAGAAGCUCUUCAAGGUUGCAUGAUUCGAGAUUCCUUCCUUCUCUUCUCACAAUGAAGCCCUCUCGCAGACCCAAUAAACCCGAUACCGUCUCAAAGCUGGUGUUGGAGGAGGUAAUUGGGUUGACAACUAAGAAUGGCAAUGGGUUAGCUUCGAAUGCCUCGACUUCCAAAUGUGCUUAUUUGGCAGGUUCUGUGGUGGUUAUAUAUGACAUGAAUUUGGGUACUCAGUCACACCUCAUGGUGUCUAAUAGAUCGCCAAAGCCUUUGAGUUGUGUAGCUUUGUCACGAGAUGGACACUUUGUUGCGGCCGGAGAGGCAGGAAACCAAUCAUCAGUACUAGUAUGGGAUUCUUUUACUUUAUCUGUUGUCUCUGAAUUGAAAGGUCAUCUACAUGGAGUUGCAUGCAUCUGUCUCUCACCCAAUGGUAAACAUCUGGUAUCUGUUGGGGGAUGCAUUUACCUUUGGGACUGGCGAAGUGGUGAGCUGGUAACAAAGCUUCAAGCAACUUCAUCUUGUUCUACUAUUUCAAGUGUUAGCUUCUCAUCAGAUGCAAAGUUUUUUGUAACUGCUGGGAAGAAGCACUUGAAGUUCUGGAUGCUUGGAUCUUCUAGAAAGACUCAGCUAAAUAGAGGGAUGAGCAGGACAACAUCAUUAACAAUAUAUGAAAAGCCUGCCAAUCUUUCUGUUCAUAAAGGAAGCUCUUUUACAUCUAUCACUUCUAUGUGGGGCUGUAGUGGCCAUGAUAAUUGUAAACAAGCUGGUGAUUGCUUUCCCGUAUAUACAUUGACUGAUUCAGGCAUUCUAUACCUUAUUAAUUCCAGGAUCUCGGUUGAAAAGUCUGUGACCCUGAAGGUUCGAAAAGCUUUUGCAUUAUCAACAUCACGAAAGUUAAUUGCUUGUGCAUGCAAUAAUGGAGCAGUCCAAUUAUAUACCCCCAUCUCUCUAGAAUAUGUGGGUAGUAUAUUAUAUUCAAAGACCAACAAGUUUCAUGAAGAAACCAAUUCUGUUAGCCAUACUACAGUACCUGAACAGGAUUUUGAACAGUUGCCUUCCCUGCCUGAUGCAGUUGCUUGUCAGUUUUCAGCCUUAGAAAAGAUUGCGGUUAUUUAUGGAGAUCAUAGUCUCUGCAUCUAUGACAUCCAUGAUGUGAAUCAGGUCACAAAGUGUUUUAUGCUAGUUUCACAUUCCUCGUGCAUAUGGGAUAUCAAAAAUUUGUGUUGCGAAAACUUGCAUGAUCCAUCUCUUGCAUGCACUGCUAGAGGUUGUUUGGGGGGGAUUUCUUUUGCAACUUGCUCUGCCGAUGGUACAAUUAGGAUAUGGGAUAUUGCUUUGCAAUCUGAUAUUUCAAAAGAUGCUCAAGAGUUGAAGACUGAACGAUUGAAUUCUAAAUGUUUAGUAACUGCUGGGACAUUUGAACGAGAUGCAGUUAAGGCAGUUCUUACCAAUCAAGAGUUUCGAUCACUUGCUGUUAGUUCAGAUGGAAAUUAUCUUGCUGCUGGUGAUAGCAAAGGGAACCUUCAUAUAUACAACCUUCAAACACCAGAUUACUUAUGUUUCCAGGGGGCUCAUGAUGCAGAGAUUCUUACAUUAAGCUUUACCUUGUCCACCCUAGAUGUAUCAAAGGAAAUUGCCAAAAACAAUUACUUUCUUGCUUCUGGGGGAAGAGAUUGUAUGAUCCAUCUCUAUGAUGUGAAAAGAAAUUUUGAUCUCAUUGACAGCAUUGAUGAUCAUUCGGCUGCAGUGACCUCUAUCAAAAUUAGCAGCAAUGGUUGCAGGAUCCUCAGUUGUAGUGCUGAUAGUUUCCUGGUGCUUCGUGAUGUGGUGAUAGCAGAUAAUGGUUAUAAAAUUUCGCAGCAACAUCGUCAAAGGGCUUUACAGCGUGGAACUGUCUAUGACAUGGCUGUGGAUUUGACAUGUCAGACUGUUGUCACUGUUGGGCAGGAUAAGAAGAUAAAAAUGUUUGACAUGGCUGCUCGGAAACUAAUUAGGACGUAUAAUCAUGAUAAAAAUUUUGGAGAACCUAUAAAGGUUAUAAUGGAUCCAAGCUGCACUUAUGUGGUCUGCUCAUUCUCUAACAAGUCUAUCUGCAUAUAUGACUUCGUCACCGGAGAGAUGGUUGCGAAGGCCACAGGGCAUGCUGAAAUUGUUACGGGUGUCAUCUUCUUGCCUGACUGCAAGCGUAUAAUUUCAGUGGACGGUAAUGGUUGUGUUUUUGUAUGGAAAUUGCCUGCUCCAUUGUCUUCUAGAAUAUUGGAGAGAAUAAUGGAAAAAUAUAAUCCAUUGUCUCCAAGAAGUUCUGUUCAACCUCUCGCUUACAAUCAUCUAUCAUUUUGCAAAGAAGAAUGCCAGCAUUCCAAGAUAAAUCCUGAGGAUGUUUGUUCAAUGAGGAGUAAGAGCCAAAGUAGAAAUGGAAUGAUUUAUCCUGAAAGCUGUCGUAGAGAGGCUUCUUCUUUUAAAUUUAGUGUUUCAAGACUUCCCAAAUGGGCACGAACAAAAGUGAUCAAUUCCAACAACAUCUGCAAGAAUUUUAAUUGCACUUCAUCAGAUUCAGAGGCAUAUGCUCCUUCAUCCCCAGAAGUUCAAAUUCCAUCUGACCAUGCUUCUCCUUUGCCUGAGACAUUCAGCUCUCAAGAUUCUACAAGAUUUGGAGGAUCUUAUAGCAACAUUCCAUUGAACAACCAUUGGCACUCUGUUUACACUGUUUGUAUGGAAGCACUUUCCACCCCAGAGAUGCAAAAUUUAUGUAAGACAAAGUUUCCAGAGACUCCCUUGAGUAUGAGACAGUGUAGGGCAGUGAUUAAUGAGGACCAGAGUUCCUUUGGUCUUGGUAUCCUUGGCAAGAAUGAAAAGAUGGGUCUUGUUUCAGAUUCAGACGAACAUGUUGAUUGCAACAAUAAUGGUUCUGAAGUUUUCCAGAGUAAAGAAGAGCAGUUACUUUUAAACGAAUCUGGAAGUGUGUCAAAAAUAACUACGGAAGGAAAUCCGCUAUGUGAAGAAGACAGUGACAUGUUUAGGCAACAUUUUGGUAGCCUAUCAAAUACGCGUAAGAUAGAGUCGAGGAAUUCAUUAGUUAGAAGGUUUUCUGCAAGAUAUAUUGUGAAAUGGGAUUACCCAGCUGAUUGCAAGAAAUUGUUUAGCAGUCCUGUUGGGAAUACGACUGGUAAAAAGAGCUCUGAAGAUGAAGGUGCAACUAAUAUUAUAUCGCAAGACAGAUCGUUGCAGGACAUGAAGAAUUCAGAACCUUGCUCAGCAGAUUCAACAUGUGAAGUAAGCAAAACCCCAGUCAAAGACAAUUCAGUUGAUAAAGGGAGUAAACUGGGAGAAACCAUAGCGGCAUGCAAGGAAGCAUUUGGUAGCCUGGAUGCAGCAGCUGAGAGAGUGCUGCAGUUACUUUUAAAAUUAAAAAAGGUUCAAGGGGAAGAGGUUGCAACUGGAGCUGGAGCUCAAUUUUUAGACGAAGCAACUGAGCUACUUCCACUAGUUGUUAAGAAAGUUAAUGCUGUUGCUAGAUUGGUACAUUGUAGGAAGAACGGUGAGUGUGAAAGUAUACCAAGUGUCCCAGAAAUGGACCAUUUGGCAGAUUUGCCAAAGGCAGAUCAGGUAGAAUAAUGAAAAUGCCGUAGGACGAUACCAACAUUCAUUAAAUAUAUCUGAGUUUCCCUUCCGAA